CAGCAGUCUUUAGGUAUUGGUUGUGGUCGCAAGAUCUUCACUAAUCCGUGGACAGUUUCUGAUUCCCAAAGUUGACGAAUAGCAGCAGUUCAUUGAAAAAUGAAAAUCGCCAUUGUCUUAUUGGCCAUAGUUGGCCUGGUAGCAGCCGGAACCCUUCCCAAGAAGGCUACGAAAUAUGCCGACAAGGAUUUUCUUGCCAAGCAAAAGUUCCUCUUCGAAAUUGUAUAUCGCGUUGAGGAUCCUUUGAUGUUCGAGGAAUACAUUAAAUUGGGCAAGUCCUUUGUAUUCCACAAGGAUGACUACAUCUUCCCUGAGAAAUAUGAUGGCUAUAUGGAGAAAUAUUACAAAGCACACAAACACGGUGUUACUUUGCCCAAGGGUGAAUUCUUUGGCGCCUUGUCGUAUACCCACUUCGAACAGAUGUACGGCUUGUUUGAAUUCUUCUACUAUGCCAAGACCUGGGAAAUCUUCCAACGCAAUGUCUGCUGGGCCCGCAUGUAUGCCAACGAGGGCAUGUUUGUUCAAGCCUUGACUUUGGCUGUUAUCCACCGCGAUGAUUUCGUUGGUUUGAUGUUGCCCACCAUCUAUGAAAUCUUCCCUCAACACUUCUUCAACAGCAAAUUCAUCUACGAAGCUGAGAAAUUCGACUUUGAUGUGUGGAACAAAUACAUCAUGUACGAAAAGGAAUACAAGGACUUCAUAUACCAGGACUACUCCGUUUACUUCAAGGAAUUCAAAAACUACGAAUACUUCUACACCAAGGACUUCAAGUUGUGGCAAUGGUGGAAACUCAUGGGUAUGGGUGAACACUGGUACAGCGUUGAUAAGUUCAUGCUACGCGACAACAUGUACAUGUUCAGCAAGGAUUCCAAAUAUAUGGAAAUGAUGAAGGACGUUAAGAUGUUCUACAUGCCCGUCGACUACACCCGUGAUAUUGACUUCUUCAACAAGGAAUCCGAAUUGUCCUACUUCACUGAAGAUUUGGAAUGGAACUCCUUCUGGUACUAUUUCAAUAUGGAUUAUGCCCCCUAUUUGGAUGGCAAGUACUUCGGCUUGAACAAGGAUCGUCGUGGUGAAUACUACUUCUAUGUUGUUCGUCAAAUGCUUGCCCGUUACUACAUGGAACGCAUGUCUCAUGGAUAUGGUGAAAUUCCUGAAUUUACUUUCUUCAAUGAAAUCGAAUACGGUUAUGAUCCUCAGUUGAUUGACUAUAGCGGUGUUGGUUAUUCUUACCGUAAGAAUUACUAUGAAUAUGUUACCUAUGGCAAUUUCGAUUAUGUCUACAAAAUGCUUGCUUUCUUCAAACGUGUUGAAACUAUCAUUACUGAGGGUUACUACACCACAUAUGAUGGCAAACAGAUUGAUAUGCGCAAACCUGAAGCCAUCGAAUACCUCGGAGAUAUGAUGCAAGGCAAUGUUGAUGCCUUCGACAAGUACUUUGCCACUUUCUGGUACAUGUACGCCCAUAUGUUCAUCUCGCACGUCGAAGAAGACGAUAUGUAUGUCUUCCCCAACGUUUUCAUGAACUACGAAACCAUGAUGCGCGAUCCUUUGUUCUACAUGUUCUACAAGAAGGUCUCAGAUGUGUUCUUCCAGUUCUACGAUUUCAUUGAACCUUAUACCUAUGAGGAAUUGUACUUCCCCGGUGUUGAAAUUGAAGAUGUUAAGGUCAGCGACUUGGUCACCUACUUCGACUUGUACGAUUUCGACGUCACUAACUUGUUGAACGACAAGAUGACUUUCAUCGAUGGUGAAUUUGUAUGGGACAAGACCUUGUUGGCUCGUCAAAUGCGCCUCAACCACAAAGCCUUCGAAUUCGACUACAACAUCAAAUCCGACAAAGAUCAAAAGGUUGUUAUUCGUGCCUUCUUGGGUCCCAAGUAUGAUGAAUUCGGUCGUGUUAUUUCAUUGAAUGAAAAUCGCGAAAACUUCUUGGAAAUUGAUGAAUUCUAUUAUGAAUUGAAAUCUGGUAUCAAUAGCUUCAAGCGUAGCUCUAAGGACUUCUACUGGACAACUGAUGAUCGCACCACCUACACCGAAUUGUACAAGUUUGUUAUGAUGGCUUAUGAAGGUAAAUACGAAUUCCCUAUGGAUUACUCUGAACCUCACUGCGGCUUCCCCGAUCGUUUGAUCUUGCCUCGUGGCUGGGCCAAGGGUAUGCCCAUGCAAUUUGUCUUCUUCGUCUAUCCAUUCAAGGCCUCGUUCGAACCCUAUUCGUAUGACUACAACUACACUUGUGGUAUUGGCUCAGGUGUCCGUCACAUCGACGAAAUGCCUUUCGGUUAUCCCUUCGAUCGUGAAAUCAACGAAUAUGAAUUCUUUGUGCCCAACAUGUACUUCAAGGAUGUCAAGAUCUAUCACCAAGACACCUUUGAAAAGUACUACGGCAAUGAAUACGAACAUUUCGGUUCAUUCGAUUAUGGUUAUUAUUACAACUAUUAAAUGGUUAAUGACUACAUAUGAUGUAG